AUGCGCGCCUCUGAGACGAUCCGGGAAGAGCGCGGGAGGGCAGACUCGCUGGCGAGGGAAAACGCCAAGCUCCAAGCGCAGCUAGACAGUGUUCGGUUGGCCUAUCAACUGGCGGCAACUCAACGGGCGCAGCGCAACUCGCAGACGUUGGGGAGGGUGACGGCACUUGACAAGGCUAGCGACGACACGCAGUUUGCCUAUGUGAGAGACCGACUGAUUGGGUCAGACAAGCAUCCCUCCUCAGAGCACGAGGGAUGUAGCUACACACGUGGGAGCAGCAGUCGGUCCCGGCUGGGACAGCGCCAGCGCCGUUCAAACGCUCCUGCCUCGUCCGUGGCUUCGGCAGCUGCGCGAGUGCCUUCACGCGGUUCCAUCACAGCUGCGACACGGAGCCGCAGGAGAAGUUGGGAUGUCGGCAUCACGCCACCCGAAUCCGUACCGCAAAAGACAGCAGAACAACACAUCUCCCCAGCAACGGAAGCGCGUGAAGAGAACGGCUACUUACCUACCACGUUGCGCAGCUGUGACCUGAAGUCAGCAAAGGACCAUCUGACGACUUCCCUGACCGGUGGUGGCAGUCGCGAAGACCAAGGGAGCGCAGAAAUGGUGGAAGGCGGCAGCGAUACGGAGGAGUCCCCCACGUAUUGGAUGGCUCGCCGGCUUCUCCGAGCACUCGCCCCUCGUCCUACCGACAGCGUUGUGGGCGACAUUGUACACACCAUGGUUACUGCCUUGCAACAGGACGUGCAAGCCGAACUCGACAGGCCUAGCGAAGGUAGGAACCCUGCUCCAAGUCGCAUGCGCGGCUUUGCACUGGUGCGACUACAGCCGUGUGUCUACCGCCUCCUCGUUGGUCCUCCUGCAGAAGUGAAGGCAAUGGAGCGUGCAGCGCGGGGUAGCAACAGGGGUGCUCGCCAAACAGCACCGCGGCUCCCCUCCGCAGCCCUCCACCGCGACCACUUUCUUCUCUACAGCAGCAAUCCAGAAAACAGCACCGCCGCGCACCUUUGCCCUUCCAAAGUCACGAAUACUGUCAUUCACCUCACCAUUGACACUGGCACUCUUCGCGUGGUUCGAGGCGGAGGACACAUGGACUUCAUCGACUACUUAGAACGCCGCUUACAAGUGAAACUCUACACCAGACGGGGCCGUCUCGCCUAA